GAAUUGACUUUAAAGUUAGAACCAUUGAGGUGGAUGGUAAACGAAUCAAACUCCAAAUUUGGGAUACUGCAGGCCAAGAGCGUUUUCGUACCAUUACCACAACUUACUACCGUGGUGCUAUGGGUAUAGCUUUUGUAUAUGAUAUUACCAAUGAACGGUCUUUUAAUAAUAUAAGAAAUUGGUUUAGUAAUGCAGAACAAUAUGCCCCUGAAGGAGUUAAUAAAAUUCUCAUUGGAAACAAUUGUCAUUUAUUUGAAAAAAGGGUGAUCACUAAGGAACAAGGUCAAGAACUUGCGAAUGAAUUUGGAAUCAAAAUUUUCGAAACCAGUGCUAAAGAAAACAUAAAUGUUGAGGAGGCAUUCUUUACAUUAGUCAGAGAAAUCAAAUUUCAGAUUAUUGAUCAUGACGUUAAAGAUUAUGACGUUAAAGAUCAUGACGUUAAGGAUCAUGACACUAU